CGCCAGGCGGCCCACACGUCAACCCAAAAUCCAGGGCGGCCAAUCUGAUCGGCCUUCAUUUGUUGGUCUUCAACGUCCAGAAUCCCAGAAAGAUAAAACCAACAAACGAAGCGAGAGGCCCCGAUGAAGCAACACCACACCUACAUAAUCUGCGGCCAAUCCCGUAUUUCCCGCGGUCGCUUAUAUGCAGAAAGGUAUGCAGCAGCCGCCCCCCGAGAACGCUGUUUGUUUGGCCGCCCAAAGUCCAACCCCGCCUUGGACAAGGAUUGACAUCGGUCCAUGUGGUGGUGGUGGAUGCUACCUGUAUACCUAUUGCGUAUAUAUUGUCCUACUUAUCUUGCUCGUCCUCGGAGGUUUUGAUCUGUGCCUUUUUAUCUUCACUUACUCAAUCCUUAUACAUGGAAAUUAGAGACCAGCUCGAUCUGAUCAAGUGGGUGACCUCGGACAACAACCUUCACUUAGCAUAACCACCCCAGAAAAUAGUCCAACAUGACUUCAAGCCGACCAAUACUCCCUUGCACACCCGAUGGGAGCAUCGAUGGAAAUGCCAACCCCAAUUCCCACGACGACAAUGACGACGAUGCCCAAUCAGACAUCAGCGUCCCCUACUCCUCCCUCACCGAAAGUACCACCACCACUAGCGGCAACGGCUUUCUCACCCCCACUUCCUCAGAUGCCCAUACCGUUGCCGCUGAAGGGGUAAACCUACAGACCAUCAGCUCGGUCCUACAUGAAAUGGACUCUUCUGAUCAUCAUGACGGGCGUAUUGAUGAUUCUCUGGCCCAAUGGAGAUCUUUGUACCACGAUGAAAUUGAACGGCAAAUUAUCGAAAACCGGAAUCGAGACCGGGAGAGAAGGAACACGAUUACCAACACUUUGAGCGCGAGAAACCUACAGUUGCACACCAGCCAGACGAGUGAGACAUUGGCUGGCUCAGGAGGAGGAGAAGGAGGAGCUAGGCUUCAUGAAAAUGCACAGACGAGAAGAAGAGAAAAAGGAGAGAGAUCAGAGUCGAGCCCAAGCGACUCCUCAUCUACCUCCUCUGGCUCAUCGUCGUAUAUGAAUGCGCCAGCAUACGAAAGUGCUCCCACCUCUCCUUCUUACGCCGCGGCUCAAGAAUCAAAACCCGGGCCACCGCCCUCCUCCUCCCGUUACACCCGCCACGCCGACCCCCAACCCAACCAAAGUUUUAUCCUCCUCGAAGCCUCGACCGGCCGAGCGCUGACUCUGAUAGACGGGAACUUGACUUUAGUUCACGUCCCUGACCCAGAUCUGAUCAGCCUCACUGAUCAAAAAGGUUCUGACCCCUAUCUCUUCCCCAACAGCGGGGCCGAGCAGCCUUGCAUCGUCAAGGGCCAAUGUAAUUGGCACUGGCACUGCGUCGAAAAUGCGGGGUGGCUCGGCUUCCGCAACGCGGCAUCGGGAACCUUUUUGGGACACGACAUGUGGCAGAAUAUCAUUGCGCGGGUGUACAGGCAUCAGGGUUGGGAGUUCAUGACUGUGAGGCCGGCGCUGGAAAGAAAAGGAUGGUAUUUGAUGGUAACGCAUUGGGAGAAGUUGCACAAGAUCAACUUUUUGGAGGAACGAAGGGCGUUUGUGGCAACGAAUCCAGAGGAGGGAACGGUUUGGGAAUUUGUUAGGGUUUGAUUUACGUGGGAUUCGGAUCACUUGCGCCUGUAGUCUUGGAGAUUUCUUAAGGGUAAGGCAAGAUUACUCUCAUGGCUGGUACAGAGGGAUGUAUGAGCGGCGAGCGGUGGAAAGUGUCUUUGGAAGUAUGUGUUCAACAGCGACUUCUCUACGUGAGUGAAAGGCCUCUGAGUUCGGAGUGACUUCCUGUUCAGGAUAUGGUUAGCUUAUCGACGUUGUUCAAGUUCAUUCCCUCCGUACUUACAGAGGAAAAUAAGUUUGCAACUUUGGGUUCUUGAUAGCCGCCCUCAUCCACUCCAAGACUAGCUGGAUCUCAACAUCGUGCCACCCCCAACCAUUUUGCAAAUAUAAGUUGCAGAUCCUUCCA